UAUAUAUAGCCUUCCUUAUUCACUUAUUUUGUUCACAAAACCGACUCAAAAACCUUUUCAAGCCUAUCUAAACUACAAAAUCCGCCAAAACAUGGAGUUCACAACCAUGUUUUGCUUAUUUGCUUCAAUUCUCUCUCUCUUUAUCUUCCAUUCUCUCCUCAAAUUCCUCACCUCCGGCCACCGAAAACCACCUCUCCCACCGGGAUCUCUGGGUUGGCCCUAUAUUGGCGAAACCUUCCAACUCUACUCUCAAAACCCAAACGUCUUCUUUGCCUCCAAAAUUAAAAAGUUUGGUUCCAUAUUCAAGACUCGCAUAUUAGGCUGUCCUUGUGUGAUGAUAUCGAGCCCAGAGGCCGUGAAGCACGUGCUUGUGUCGAGAGCUCACCUCUUCAAGCCCACAUUUCCUGCUAGCAAAGAGAGGAUGUUGGGCAAACAAGCCAUUUUCUUUCACCAAGGAGAGUACCACACGAAAUUAAGGAAACUUGUUCUUCGAGCAUUCAUGCCCGAAGCAAUCAAAACCAUCGUCUCUGACAUCGAAUCCAUCGCAAUAACCUCUCUGAAAUCAUGGGAUGGCCAGUUGAUCAACACUUUCCUAGAAAUGAAGACAUACACAUUCAAUGUUGCGUUACUUUCCAUAUUCGGAAAAGAUGAAGUUCUCUACAGAGAAGAGCUCAAAAGAUGUUACUACAUUCUUGAAAAAGGGUACAAUUCUAUGCCCAUUAAUCUUCCAGGGACACUCUUCCACAGAUCCAUGAAAGCAAGAAAGGAGCUGGCUCAGAUCUUGGCCAAAAUCCUCUCAAUCAGGAGGCAAAUGAAGCACGACCACAAUGGUUUGUUCGGAUCUUUGAUGGGUGACAAGGCAGGCCUCACAGACGAACAAAUAGCCGAUAACAUCAUCGGUGUCAUCUUUGCAGCCCGCGACACCACUGCUAGUGUCAUAACGUGGAUCAUCAAGUACCUUGCCGAGAACCCAAGUGUCCUACAAGCUGUCACUGAAGAGCAAGAGGCUAUAAUGAAAGAGAAGUGUGGUGAAGAGAAGGUUUUGACUUGGGCAGACACCAAGAAGAUGCUAUUAACUUCAAGGGUGAUUCAAGAGACACUUAGAGUUGCUUCAAUUUUGUCUUUCACUUUCAGAGAGGCUGUUGAAGAUGUGGAAUUCGAAGGGUAUCUCAUACCAAAAGGGUGGAAAGUUUUACCACUCUUCAGAAACAUUCAUCACAGCCCAGACAAUUUCUCCGAGCCUGAAAAGUUUGAUCCAUCAAGAUUUGAGGUUGCCCCAAAACCCAAUACAUUUCUGCCAUUUGGCAAUGGGACCCACUCAUGUCCAGGAAAUGAAAUGGCAAAAAUGGAGAUUUUAGUCCUUUUGCAUCACCUGACCACAAAAUAUAGGUGGUCUGUGAUGGGCCCACAGAAUGGAAUUCAGUAUGACCCCUUUGCUCUUCCCCAGAAUGGUUUGCCAAUCAGACUCUCUCUCAAGUCAUAGAGCUCUAAAGAGUUACAGAGAUCUUUCUAAAUAUAGAAAGGAAAAGUCAUUAGAAAAGAGGCUUUUCUUUCAACUUUCUUGAGAAAAUGAUGAAGAGUGACAAAAUGACCAUAUUGCCACAUUAACAGGAAUGAAAUUUAGAAAGACAUACAAAAAGGGAAAGCAAAAUGUACAUAAAUAGAUUUCAUACUAAUGUUCGGAGGGAAAGAAAAAGAAAAUUUGAAGUUAAAGUGAUGUUGAUUUUCAAGAAUGAGACAGAAAAUUGUACAAGGGAUAGGAAUGAAUUGGAUCUAGUUAGGUUAGUCCAAUUGUAUGGUUUAUGUUGUUUUUUUAUAUUAUUGUAUGAAGUCCGCAAGGGUAUAAAUGAAAUUAAUAUUCUAAUUUUGACUCUA